AUGAAAAUCACCUUUUUCUUUGCUGUGCUGUUCUUGCUUGAUCUCUUUGUGUGCUGUCAUACAUAUGACCAAUAUCCCUUGCCUGACAUAGAAGAUGCGAAGUUCAUUGAAGACUGUGUGAGAGCUCACAAUGACUUCCGAUCCAAAGUGAAUCCACCAGCCAGCAAUAUGCUUCGUAUGUCCUGGGACCCUGCUUUAGCUAAAUCUGCCAAGGCAUGGGCAAAGAGGUGCAUGUUUGAGCACAAUAUCUACCUUAAAAUACCACAGAAGAUGCACCCCACCUUUACAUCUAUUGGAGAAAACAUCUGGACUGGCACCGCCACCAUCUUUUCUGUGCACGUAGCUCUGACUGACUGGUUUAAUGAAGUCAGCAGCUACGAUUUCAACACCCGUCACUGUGCUGACAAGUGUGGUCACUACACCCAGGUUGUUUGGGCAACGAGUUACAAAGUUGGCUGUGCAGUUCACUUCUGCCAUAGAAUUCACAAUCUUCACAGAUUCAACAAUGUGGCGCAUUUUGUUUGUGACUAUGGGCCAGCGGGGAAUUACCCAACAAAACCUUAUAAAGCAGGACAACCGUGUAGUGGAUGCAGUAACGACCAGUGUGUGGGCAAUCUCUGUGUAAACGCAGAACGUGAGAAACUUAUAAGUUAUACCAACUGGUAUCCGGACUGGGACGCUCUGCCGCAGCCACCGCAGCCCCGUCCCCCCCAGCCUCCAGCCCGUCGGCCUCCGGCCCGCACUCCCACAGCUGGGCAGCUGCAUUCUUCCUGUGACCACUACUGUGUUAGUGUCUUGAUUUUAAGGCCACUAUUUUUGGUACUGAGUGCUGUAGGUGUUCGUUUAGCGCAGCGGUGGUUUCCACACAUGUUUAUAUAUGUGUAAUGAUUGUUAAGAUGCUGAUAGUGAUUCUACCGUUCCAUUAGAGAACUGCAUGUUUGAUUAAAAAGCAGUCAUCUCUGCUAUACUUCGUGGUGUUUAUCCAAUGCAAAAUGCUUCUGCAUUCAGGGCAAGAUUUAAAUGGCUGUGCAUGGAGUUGCUGUCUCGCUCCAAUUUAUAGGAGGGAGAUGAGGUUCUUUAAUAUCUGUAUACCCGGUGUGAGAUUAAGAAACAAUGGUUCAUAUGUUGUUGCAUCCAGUUUAUUACUAAGACCUAA